GGGGCUCAGUCCUGCUGUGGGAGCUGGGGAAGCACCAACCCUUGAACACCCCCUUGGAGUUGUAAAGCAGUGAAGCAAAUAAGCUGCACUGGCCCCUCCUUUGCGUGGACAGAAGGUAAGCAAAUCUCUUUUGCCUACAUUUUCCAAAGUACUGAGCUUCCUGCUUCUGCAGAGAAGCACAGCAAGUGGGAGAACAGCUUUAAUUUGCUGCAGUGCUCAGAUCCAACUGCACUGUUCUUGUCACACUGUGUGCUGUUAAAGCCAACAGCUGAGGAGUUGGCUGUCUGUUAUGGAAGGAGCAAGUCUGGGCUCACAGAGACACACAUAGAAAUCACAGCCAUAAUAAAAGCCCAAGCAAAAGCAAACCUGAACACUCCCUGUUGCUAUAGGCUGGAACUGGAAACCUGACUUCUGUCCAGGCUGAGGCUGUUCUCUUACCUGUUUGCUAGUUUUGACUAUUUAAAGAUACAGUGCACAGAGUACCAGUGCCGGCCUCCCAUUCAGAUUCAAGGUGAAAACAGAGUUCCAGAAAAUGAGCCAUCAUUUGGUUCCACAAUACCAGAGGCAGGUUUUGGAGUUCAGUAAAAUAUUACUAUACGCUAGAUUGGUAGAUACACAAGCUAAUUGGCCAUAUUUAGUACAACAGGACCUUAAUCCCUAACUAAAAUCACAGAAGCUGGCUAUAAUGCCUUCUUUUUCAAUUAUUAAACAUUUUUAAAGCACAGUUUUCACAGCUAUACAGAUGGAGCCUUCUCCAAGCUCUUGCUUGUGCAUAGAUCUACAGCUGUAAUAGAGGAGGGGAUAGGAGAGCAAUAAAGAACCAUUAAUUUUAUAGCAUAAAGGAAACUGAAAUUCAAAAACCCUUCCAAUAAAGUGAGCCCACAUUUUGCAGAAACUCACGCUAUCAAGACCCAAGUCUUGAAGCGACAACGGAGAAAAUUAUGCACUGAACUAAUGCUUCCUCUUCAUUUAUUUACAUCCUUUACUAUUUGUUCGUGACUCUGCUCUGCUUUUUCUUUUGGCAACAGAUUACUAGCAAGAAAUGGAUUUGUGCCUCCUUUAAAUAGUUGGAGUUUCUUCUAGUUUUUUGAGGCAAUAUAAAAAAUAAAAAGCCUCAAAAUUCUCGGGUGAUUUCUUACGCGUACCAGGGAAAGAGCAUCAGCAAUAUUUCAAUUUACAAGUAUUAAACAGAAGUGAUCAUUAAAGAUAAGUUAUCUUUCACAAAGCCUCUGGGGGAAUGUCCUCUUGCACCCCAAAGUCAGCACAUCUGAGUGAUGUGCAUAGCACUGACACCCAGCAGGCAGGGGAGAAUCAUUGCAUUUUCCUCUUUCUCCUGGAAAAGUAACAGCCUGAGGGUCAGAUUUCUGAAGGGGGAACUCCUCAGAGAAGCACUCAAAGAAGUUAACGCAGGUAGCUGGGCUGGAAUCCUGGAUUUCCUUUCCUUCUAUGUAAGAGCACCCUGACUGGCAAUAUUAGAGCUGAAGGUCAUAUCUUCACUUAAAUGCCACAGGAGCAGCUCUGAGGAGACAGAGCCAAAUGUAGAGGAAUUCCACGUAGAACAAGCUGUUUCUUUUUCAUCUUCAUUCAAAGCUCAUGGCAAAAUCAGCAAUUUAAUCCUCAGCUUCCCUAAAGGUCUAUCUGCAUUGCUAAAUAAUGUCACAAUUACAGCACAAGUUAGCUUUACCUAAUUAAUGCACAGUUUACAGCAGCAAUGAAAACAACAGCAAUUAGUAGAGGCUAUAUGCUUUAACAAGCCAAGGUCCAGGGCAGGUUGCACCCUUUUAUUAAGGACAUGCUAUGUUACUCCAUUUUAGCUAUGGUUUAUUCUAGCAAAGUACAUUACUCUAAAGUCAAACAGUAUACAAAAGCUUUCAGAUGUGCAAAUCGAGAAAUGUGAAACCAUUUCCAAGAUCUGAGGUCAAGGCAUUAAAGAGAACAUGCAGGUGAAGUUCCUACCUUCCCAGUCCUCAAAGCCUGUUGCAAAACUUCAGUAAUAUCAGCUGAGCACCAGAGAGAAAAAAGGAAGCAGCAGCAACAGCCCAGUGUAGGUAGAAAGAAAAUCCCUGUUCGAGAAGGAAGAAAACUAGAAUUUGACACACGAUUCACUGUGAAUUUGUGCAAAGAAUUUCAUAUAGGUGACUAUCGCACAGCAAAAAGCACUUCAGAAAGACAAGGCAGCUCCUAGGGAAAAAAAGAGAAGAAACCAGGAUCCAGGCUACCAACAAGUAAUACAGCAGUAGCUUCCUUUAACUUAAGGAAAAGAGGUUGGCCUCCUGCCCCGUCAACAACAUGAUUCAACUCUGGCUGCACUGAUCCAGCACAAUGAUCUGGAUACUUCAGGUCUUAUUUUCACCGCUCCCAACACCAGCACUGUUUACUCUCAUUGCAUUUGGAGCUCUCAUCUUCCUCUGGGUGGUAAGCAGGCCAAAGCCUGUUUUACCUCCUGUUGACUUGAACAAGCAGUCAGUGGGAAUCGAGGGAGGAGCAAGAAGAGCUGCACUCUUGACAGAUAAUAACCUGGUUUCUUAUUACUUUGAAGAUAGUAAAACCUUGUAUGAAGCUUUCCAGAGAGGACUGCAUGCUUCUGGAAAUGGCAACUGUUUAGGCUACAGAAAACCCAACCAACCUUAUCAGUGGCUGACAUAUAAACAGGUUUUGGACAGAGCUCAACAUCUGGGAUCAGGGCUUCUGCAGAAAGGAUGUAAACCAUCAUCAGAUCAGUUUAUUGGCAUUUUUGCUCAGAAUAGGCCAGAGUGGAUCAUAUCUGAGUAUGCCUGCUACACUUACUCAAUGGUUGCUGUUCCACUCUAUGACACCCUGGGGCCAGAUGCCAUUCUAUAUAUUGUUAACAAAGCUGACAUAGGCAUAGUGAUUUGUGACAAGCCGGAGAAGGCACAGAUCUUGCUUGAAAACUGUGAGCAAGGAAAGACCCCAUGCCUGAAGACUAUAAUUCUUAUGGAUCUCUUUGAUAAAGAGCUGAAGGACAGAGGAGCUAAAGUGGGAGUUGAAAUUCUAGCUCUACAGGAGGCUGAGGAGCUGGGAAGAAACAACAUCAGAAAACCAGUUCCUCCUGGUCCUGAAGAUCUUUGCAUUGUGUGUUUUACCAGUGGAACAACAGGUAACCCUAAAGGUGCCAUGCUGACACAUGAAAAUGUUGUUGCAAAUGCUGCUGCCUUCCUUAGAACCAUAGAGGACACAGUUGAGUGUACAACUUCAGAUGUCAGCAUAUCUUAUCUUCCAUUGGCUCACAUGUUUGAGAGAGUUGUACAGACUGUGAUGUACAGCUGCGGAGCAAAAGUGGGCUUCUUCCAAGGAGACAUCAAAUUACUAACGGAUGACAUGAAAACCUUGAAGCCAACAAUAUUUCCAGUUGUACCAAGACUGCUCAAUAGAAUAUAUGACAAGAUACAAAGUGGUGCAAACACACCAGUGAAAAAAUUCCUGUUAAAUUUUGCCGCAACUAUGAAGAUGAUUGAAGUGAAACAGGGCAUAAUUCGAAAUGACAGCCUUUUGGAUAAGCUAGUCUUCAAAAAAGUUCAGGAAACCAUGGGUGGAAGAGUGCGUAUAAUGGUAACAGGUGCAGCCCCUAUAUCUCCCUCUGUCCUGAAAUUUCUCAGAUCAGCACUGGGCUGCCAGGUCUUUGAAGCUUAUGGCCAGACUGAAUGUUCAGCUGGAUGUACUUUCUCAAUGCCUGGAGACUGGACUACAGGACAUGUUGGACCCCCAUUGGUUUGUAAUAUCAUAAAACUAGACGAUGUGGAAGAAAUGAACUAUUUCUCUUCAAACAAUGAAGGCGAGGUCUGUAUAAAAGGACCAAAUGUAUUCAAGGGUUACCUGAAAGACCCUGAGAAGACAGCAGAAGCAAUUGACAAAGAUGGGUGGCUUCACACGGGAGAUGUGGGGAAAUGGAUGCCAAAUGGAACGCUGAAGAUCAUUGAUAGGAAGAAAAACAUAUUUAAACUUGCACAAGGAGAAUACAUUGCUCCAGAGAAGAUAGAAAAUGUCUAUAUCAGAAGUGUUGCUGUAGCCCAAGUCUUUGUACAUGGGGAAAGCCUGCGGUCUUGUUUAAUAGGUAUAGUGGUUCCUGAUGCUGAGACACUUCCAGAAUUUGCAGCAAAACUGGGAAUAAAGGGUUCCUAUGAAGAUAUCUGCAAAAAUCCAGCAGUGAAGAAAGCUAUUUUAGAAGAUCUGGUUAGACUGGGGAAAGCAGCCGGCCUUAAGUCCUUUGAACAAGUUAAAGACCUGUACAUCCACACAGAGCUGUUCUCUGUAGAAAAUGGACUCUUGACGCCAACGCUGAAGGCGAAGAGAGCAGAGCUUGUUAAAGUCUUCCAGAAGCAGAUUGAAGCCCUCUAUUCAAGUAUGCAGGAAUAAGUGACUAAUUUAAAUUAAACUUCAUGGAGUACCUAAACAAAUCUGUAACACUAUGUGACCUCUGGAGAACACAAGCGUGAGUGGAAGGGAGCAAGGAGAACUUGAACACAUUGUUUCUGGCAUCCUAUGAAAAAUGACUUUCAGAUGAAGAUGGCUACAGUAUAACCGGUGGUGACUGGCAAUAUCCAGUCUUGCAGGACUGAGCAUCAAAUCUCCAGGCAAAGCCAGAACUUCCAUUUCCUUGGGCUGUGAAUGAAGCACAUACACACACACACACACAGAAGAGCCUCAACCUUUACAAGGCAGCUGUUUUGCUCCAACUAUAACCUCCAUUCGAACUUCUGUGGCUUAAUCUGCAAUCAGACUGAACUCUUUCAUGCAGCUGUGUUGUAGGUGGAGGGAGGAGGGAGGUGGUUCACAAGGAGAGUGCAGGAAGAAAACACUUCAGUUUUCCCUCAGGAUGGCAAUACUUCUUCAACACACCGGUCUCAACUUGAGCUGUGACAAGAGGAAUAGGAGCUUAACAUCUGCUCAGCAAUAACAAAGUGAACUUCCUGCUCCUAGCCUCAGACUGCACCACUGUAGCUAGAUUUUAAUGAAAGUGUGAUUAGUCUGGCAUAAAAUGGUUAAUGAAAUACAUGUCUAAACCAAACAUGAUUCAUGCUUUAGGAGGCACUGGUUCAGAUUUUUGUUUGUUUAGCACACGGUCUCAAACGCAACGGCCGUUAUAAACCCAGUACACUUACAAACUUAUGAGCCUAGUAACUCAAACUUCUCAAGGUUAUAAAACGCGAUAAAUUGCAACUGUAAACUCAAA